AUGGACCACAUGCUUCUGUGGCAAGACGACCAAUUUCCCCCCGCACCUCCUCCCUCACCUUGUCCUGAUCAGGUGGAGUUCACAUAUACAUACGGUUCUGAUACGGGCCAAAUGACCUUCGGUUGGCCUACCGAAGGCGAAUAUCAGGGGGAGUCUCGAGCCGAAGCGUCCUCCGAAGGCUGCAACGACGACGAGAAGGUGCCGAUUCUCAGCACGACGCCGCUUGAUGGUGAUGUGUGCGAAUCAGCGAUCGACGACGACAAGCAUCCCAGAGCCGUCAAAGUCACCAUCGAUGCUGAGACCUACCUGGUCGAUAUCCUCAAGGGAGACGUGCUGACUCCGGUGUGGUUAACCGACCAAGGUCAAUUAUCUCCUGCGCUGCGGUAG